UUAACGAACAUGACGCAGUACUUUUCCACGUAUCUUCUUCUUUGUAUAUAUUCAAUCACUUCCUCUCAACAAAUCAGAAAGUAAAUUGGAUUUCAAAGAAAGAGCCAGAGGAGUACUGCAGGGUGAAUAAGAGAGAAGCUCAGUAUAGGAGCAUCAAAUCCCUAGCUGUGACAUCGGAAUCCAGGACAUUCUAAUUCAAGAUGACCAAUCUAUUACUCUGGAUGAUUUCUGUUACCACUAUUGCUACUACUUCUGGUCUCACUAUUGACGUAGACGGUCCGAUCAAUGGUCCGUGUUCUCUAUGUCCAGAAGGAGCUCCCGGUCCCCGUGGACCACCAGGAGACAUUGGCCUACCGGGAAGAGACGGUCGUGAUGGGAGGGACGCUUCGUGUAAUGGCCAACUAUCAGGAAUGCCGAGUCCUGUAGAUCAAACGAAUGAUGGUAGCAGUGAAAACACGAGUGGUAAUAAUACAGUAAUCAAUGUCAAUAGUAGUGGAGCUGUGUAUAUAAGAUGGGGUAGAGAUGUUUGUGUUGAUGGAUCAGAACUGGUUUAUGCUGGUAUUGCAGCAGGAGCUCACUACACACAUCCAGGAAGUGGAUCUAACUAUCUGUGUUUGCCACCUGACCCUAUUUAUGAUGAACAUCAGUCUGGUGGAACUCGUGGUCUGCUGUACUCUGCCGAAUAUCAGACAAUAAACGCCAUCGGUCGUCUCCAGGGUAUCCACGACCAUACACCAAAAUGUGCAGUCUGCAGGGCGCCCUCAGGACGAUCUACCAAAUUGAUGAUCCCUGCGCGGAACAAGUGCCCUUCUGACGAGUGGCGCCUGGAGUAUAGUGGUUACCUCAUGUCAGAUUCUUUUGGUCACGCACGUACUGAGUUCGUUUGUUUCGAUCGUGACAUGGAAGCAGUGCCUGGUACAGCUGGAAACGAAGAUGGGGCUCUCUUUUACAUGGUAACAGCUACAUGUGUGGCCGGAACUGGGCUUCGUUGUGGACCCUAUAUUGACGGUCAGGAACUCACUUGCGCUGUGUGUACGAUUUAGAAAUUGUUAAGAUCGUGUGAUAAUAUAGUCCGUACGUUUAAUUAUAUCUGUGUAGUGUAGUUCAUCUAUUGAAACAUACAGUGGACAAAAUGAAUUCCCGAAGGAAUAUUUGUCAAUUCCAAGUAGCUAGUACUUUCGAAGUAGCUAGUACUAAGUUGCACCCACUGUUACUUUUUCCAGUGUGCCAUUGACAGAUACUUUUCAGAAACCUUUUUUUUUUUUUGGGGGGGGGGGUUAGGUUUUAUAGCAUGUAUACAGCGAGGGAGAAUAUUGCCCACCCCUACCCCCUACUCCUUCCGUGUUUCAAAAAAGUUAUGUAACCAUAUCAUUCAAAAAAUGGUUAAAGAUUUAGUGACACGACAUUUUCUCCUGUGACAUUUGCUCCGGUCUUAAUAUCUCAGAGGGAGUGAGGAUUUUCAUAGAGAUUUUGGUUCAGAAUAGUGUAAAAAUAAGGCUUAGGGUUUAUGUUUGGCAUAACGUGCAGAUUUUCUAUCGGGAGAAUUGUCAUGGAACCCUAUCUUGAAAUGGUGAACUGAAAGUUGACAGUCUGGAACUUACUCGAGGAUCAGGCAAUGCCCGGUCAACAUUAUAGUUACGUAAUAAUAUUGGUUGUAUUGUAUCCAUGCAUCUAAAACUCCUUGAGUGUUGGCGGUAUACUAGUAGUAGAUAUAAUUAUGGCGAUCUGGGGAUUGUUGCAUAAAAGUUGUCAGCACCGACAGGUUAUCGAGAAGCAGUUACCAGAGUAAUCGAUGGUAACCGUCAGACACCUGUGCUUCGCAGCCAAUAAAAAAACAUGGAAAUUUUCGUUAUGAGACGACAGAUAUUGAUGAAACACCCCAGGUCUUCAAUGUCUUCAUGAUGUUAUCUCAGCGAUAUAAACACCUUUCUUUGAAUAUUUUUCUGGUAGAGUAUUCUUCAGAAUGAUUGGAAACAUGUUUAAUAUUCUUUAUAUACUGUAUAUCAUAGUUGUUUAUUAAAUAAGACAACUCC